AUGGGCGAUCAAGGAGGCCUCGAGAGCCAUAUGCCCAGCCACAGGAGACAGGAUUCGGCCGAGGAGCCGAUUCCCUCAGAGCCGGCUCCCGAGACGAGGAGUAAAACCUCCGACCCCGAUUCCCAGAACAUGCCGACACCCCCUCAGAACCUGCCCCGUGGCUCGAUCAGCCAACCAUCCUCAGUACAAGAUGCGCCAGUACCGACGCGGACACCAACAUUAUCCAGAAACCCGUCAACCUGCUCGACAAGAUCAAGUACUAAGCCACAACAACAAGAAUAUCUGCCUGCACAGACACAACAACAACAACAACAACAACAACAACAACAACAACAACCGACAGAUCACCGGUCGCAUCUCGAGCCCGCCCCUCCUGCCUACCCCCUCGAGCCCCCUGUGACCAAGACGACCCUCAGCGAGCUCGAUGUCCAGAAGAUCGUGCACAACCCAAAGCUGCGGCACGAUAUCAAUUUCGAUCCUGAUCUGCACUUUAGGCCGAACACAGAUGGCGAGAAGGGGAGGAGGAAACAGGAACGCGCCAACCACUUCUGGCAGACCCUGCAUGAUCAAAUCAUCCUGUUCGUCACAAACAGGAAUCUGUUCCACAGCACAUAUGGUUAUGGUGACUGGUGUCUGCCGACGUUGUUGAAGACGAUCCGCGAGAUCAUCGAGACGUUGGUGCCGCAGAGGGAUCGGGACUUGCUGAACGAAGGGUUGAAUGUGGACCUCCUGAUGCAGCAGUUUGAGCGUGGUGUGCUCGACCUCGAGAAGCUGGCCGGCUGGCUCGCUGGUGUGCUCAAGCUGCACUGUGCACCAAUGCGUGACGAGUGGGUCGACGACAUGUACCAGGAGCUGAGCAACGGCGCGCGCAACAACGACAUGACCGAGGUGGUCAAGGGUCUGCGCAGCUUGCUGAGCGUGCUGGAGGCCAUGAAGCUCGAUGUGGCCAACCAUCAGAUCCGGUGUCUGCGCCCUGUACUCAUCGAGGAUACGGUCAACUUUGAGCAGCGCUACUGGAUCCGUCGGGUCGAGCAGCGCAAGGCCUCCAUCGCUCCAUCAGCCCAAUGGUACCGUCGCCAGGCGGCCCUCUAUGGCGAGCGGUCAACGGCCUACCGCAGCGAAUUCGGCGAGAUGACGGCCUUCUUCCACGGCCUGGCUGCUCUCGUCCGCCCGUCGACCAGCAUCGCCCAGAUCCCUCCAUCCUUCCACUUCGACGAGGACCGUCUCUUCAAGCUGCGCUCCGACCUGUACGACUCCAUCUGCCUGGAAAUCUGCAUGCGCAAGUUCGAGGACCUCGAGCGUCUGUCCCGCGUCACCCAGCUCUGCGCCAACAGGAUACCUUCCUUCCUGAUGAUCAGCAACACUGACGACAACCGCCGCACAAGCCAUCGCGCCUCCGGCGACUUCAACUUCAUGGCACCCGCCUCAACCUCCUCCCGUCCUUCCAGCAUCGCCUUCUCCGACCGCGGCUCCGCCUUCUCUUCCCCCCGCACCUCCGCCAUCUUCGGCUCCUCGCGUUCCUGCUCCCCAUCCCCCUCACCAGCCCCGACCUCCUUAUCCUCCUCCUCCUCCUCCUCCUCCUCCUCCUCCUCCUCCUCCCCUUCCAAAUCUAAAGAUCUUUACGCCUCCCUCGUCGCCCUCCUGCAGACUGCCCCGCCCGCCUUCACCCCCGCCGACCGCUGGCGCGGCCUGGCCGGCUCCCUUGCCGUGCAGAUCCUGCGCUAUGCUAACGCCCCACCGUCGGUGCUUGAUCUGGGCCGGUUUGAGGCUCAGCUCGCGGAGCAGCUGACGAACCCCGCGUGUGAUGUGUUCCAAGAGGUGGAGAGAUACUUUGGGGAGAAGUUGCUUGCCGAGUUGGCGGGGAAGGUUAGUGAAUUUAAGGCCUUGAAUGGGUUGCAGCUGUUUAAUGUCGCUACGGGGGGGAGUGGGAACUCUCAAGCGAGGAGUGCGACGGCUACGCCAUCGGGGAGUCAGACGAGGUUGGUUGCUGCUUUGGGGGGGAGAAGGCAACAAAGGGAUCCGAGGGAGGAUGCCGGGAUCGAGGAUAUGGCGGUUAGGUUGGCGCAUUUGGGGGUGCUGCAUUGGAGGGUUUGGGGUCCGUUGGCGUAUGAGAGGGAUGUAGAGGUUGAGAUGGGGUUGCGGCAUUGA